CGAGCGGUGCAGGGAGCUGGGGGAGCCUGACGCGCGCGGCGCGGUUGAAGGCUGAGUGAGUUGCUGAGGUGACCGGGUGACUACUUCUAUCUCCACCAUGGCAGCUCUCCGCUACGCGGGCCUGGACGACACGGACAGCGAGGAUGAGCUGCCUCCGGGCUGGGAGGAGAGAACCACCAAGGACGGCUGGGUGUACUACGCCAACCACACCGAGGAAAAGACCCAGUGGGAACAUCCGAAAACCGGCAAAAGAAAAAGAGUUGCAGGAGAUUUGCCAUAUGGAUGGGAGCAAGAGACUGAUGAGAAUGGACAAGUGUUUUUUGUUGACCACAUAAAUAAAAGAACUACCUACUUGGACCCAAGAUUGGCAUUUACUGUGGAUGAUAAUCCAACAAAGCCAACUACCAGACAGAGAUAUGACGGUAGCACCACCGCCAUGGAGAUCCUGCAGGGCCGGGACUUCACAGGAAGAGUGGUCCUGGUAACCGGAGCGAAUUCAGGAAUAGGGUUUGAAACUGCUAAGUCCUUUGCCCUCCAUGGUGCGCACGUGAUCCUGGCUUGUAGGAACAUGAGCAGAGCCAGCGAGGCAGUAUCCCGCAUUCUGGAAGAAUGGCACAAAGCCAAGGUAGAAGCAAUGACCCUGGACCUGGCUGUGCUCCGUAGCGUGCAGCACUUUGCUGAAGCGUUCAAGGCCAAGAAUGUGUCUCUUCAUGUGCUAGUGUGUAAUGCGGGGACUUUUGCUCUACCCUGGACCCUCACAAGAGAUGGACUGGAGACGACCUUCCAGGUGAACCACCUGGGACACUUUUACCUUGUCCAACUCCUGCAGGAUGUUUUGUGUCGCUCAGCUCCUGCCCGUGUCAUAGUGGUCUCUUCUGAGUCCCACAGAUUUACAGAUAUUAAUGAUUCCUCAGGGAAACUUGAUCUCAGCCGCCUGUCUCCAUCUCAGAGUGAUUACUGGGCCAUGCUGGCUUAUAAUAGGUCCAAACUCUGCAAUCUUCUCUUCUCCAAUGAGCUCCACCGUCGCCUCUCCCCACGAGGGGUCACGUCAAAUGCAGUGCACCCUGGAAACAUGAUGUUCUCAUCCAUCCAUCGAAACUCAUGGAUAUACACGUUGCUGUUCACCUUGGCCAGGCCAUUCACCAAGUCCAUGCAACAGGGAGCUGCUACCACUGUCUACUGUGCAGUCGCCCCUGAGCUGGAAGGCCUCGGAGGGAUGUAUUUCAACAACUGCUGCCGUUGCCUGCCAUCUGAAGAGGCCCAGAGUGAAGAGACAGCCCGGGCCCUGUGGGACCUCAGCGAGAGGCUUAUCCAGGAACGACUGGGGAGUCCAUCCAGCUAAUCAGAGCCCCAUAGUUUUGGGCAAACCCCCACCCAUGCUCUGACCCUCAUCACUGCCAACCCCAUCAUUCUGGGGUGCCCCUAACCCUCCAGUGCAGAGCCUUGAGAAUAAAAGAAAUAAGAGCAGCUUAAUCAAUGGGAAAAGGUUGAGUGUCAGUGGGAAGCAGAGACUUUCAAGGGACAAAGCCUCUUUUCUAGGACAGGGUUAGUCAUGGGUCUGCUUGCUUUUCUGGUGGUGGCCUGCUUGAAACUGGAAGCAUGGUUAACAUGUAGGUUCCAUUGCUCAUUGUAGAAGCACUAGUGAUUCUGUAAUACCUUUGGAAUAGCUUAACUUCUCCUUGACCCACCCAAUCACCACCGCAGCCACCAUUGCCACCUGAGGCUCCCUUUCUCUUAUUGAGGGAAGAGCACGCG